CUACAACUUCUUCCCUUACCCCAUUACCCCAUUACCCCGUCUUUUACGUUUGCGUUCCUUUCCGCCGGCAGCUCCCAAACCUGGCCAGCUUCAGACACGCCAUCUAGCGGGACUUAGUCCGACUUACGUUGGCACGGGGCGAUCGCAGUUUGUACGGGGGACUUGGCGGCGUACAAAACAAUGUCUCAGCACACCUAUCCGACCAGCGCACCCCCGUCCCACUCCUCUGACUCCUCUAAACUGCGACUCUCUCAGCUCUCCUCACAGCUAUCUCCAAUGGCCUCCACACACUUCGACGCCGAUGUCGUGCCGCACGCGCCCGAAGACCCUCUCUUCGGCUUGAUGGCCGCGUACCGCAACGACACCUUUGACAAGAAGGUUGAUCUCGGUAUUGGAGCUUACAGAGACAACAACGCGAAGCCCUGGGUUCUGCCCGUCGUCAAGAAGGCCGAUGAGGCGCUUCGGACCGACCCCGACUUCAACCAUGAAUACCUCCCGAUUGCCGGCCUUGCCAACUUCACAAAUGCCUCGCAGAAGUUGGUACUGGGUGCAGACAGCCCCGCUAUUAGGGAGAAACGGGUCUGCACCGUCCAGACCGUCUCUGGAACAGGUGCCGUGCAUCUGGGAGCCCUCUUCCUCUCCAAAUUCUACGCCGGCCGUACCGCCUACUUCUCGGAUCCAACCUGGGUCAACCACCACCAGAUCUUCACCAACGUCCACAUCCCAAUCGCCACAUACCCAUACUUCUCAGCCCAGACCAAGGGCCUUGACUUCGAGGGAAUGCUGGACACAAUUGGCAAGGCCGCAGAGGGCAGCAUAAUACUCCUCCACUCAUGUGCACACAACCCCACAGGAGUAGACCCUACACAAGAGCAAUGGAAGGAGAUCAGCAGGGUUAUGAAGGAAAAGAAGCUCUUCCCCUUCUUCGAUUCCGCAUACCAAGGCUUUGCAUCUGGCGACCUGAACAAAGACGCAUGGGCGAUUCGAUACUUUAUCGAGCAGGGCUUCGAGCUCUGCAUUGCCCAGAGUUACUCCAAGAACUUGGGACUCUAUGGAGAGCGUGCCGGCAACUUCCAUUUCGUGACGGGCGCAUCCUCGGAUGCUGAGUCAACAAUUUCCCGAAUUGCAUCCCAACUUGCAAUUAUCCAGCGCUCGGAAAUCAGCAACCCCCCUGCCUAUGGUGCGCGCGUUGCAUCGGCUAUUCUCAAUGACCAGGCCCUUUUCGCGCAAUGGGAAGAGGAUCUUCGUACCAUGUCCGGCCGCAUUAUCGAGAUGCGGAAUCACCUGCGAAGUAAGCUUGAGGAGAUGGGCACCCCCGGAACCUGGAACCACAUCACCGAUCAGAUUGGGAUGUUCAGCUACACCGGCCUUACCGAGAAGCAAGUCUUGAAGAUUCGCGGGGAAGCUCACGUCUAUAUGACUAAGAACGGCCGAAUUUCGAUGGCUGGAUUGAAUACAAAGAACAUUGACUACUUCGCCGAGGCGGUUGACAAGGUCGUCAGAGAGACUUGACUUCCCUUGUUUUGUACCAGGGGGAGCUAAGUUGGUCUGUUACCAGGCGUCAUCGGAUGGUUCCGGGGCUUGCUUGGUUGGGUCGGGCUAAUUUCCUACUGUACGAUACUCCUCUGGUAGGCUUCUGCAUUACGGCCUAACGCUAUAGACUUGGACGUCAUGGCCCACAUUUCAGAACUUGGUGUGCACUGUAGAAUCACGAUUCUCUUCUCAUUGCUGAACGGCGACCGAUAGGCCAACUGACGGGCACACAUGCAAAAGUUGCGC